CCCCACUUUGAAAUCAUUGCAUUGAAAUUUAUUGGUGGCGGCUGGUGCCCCAAUAAUUACUCGACCUGCUUCUUUUAUACUUCGCUUAUCCUCUCCACUGAAAACACCUUCUUCGUAGGAUCGAUCUUGGUUUCAGCCAAACAAGUUGGCUCGAAUGGUAGGAUCCUUCCGUAUUUGAGGACUUGCUAACACUUAACCGUGGUCCUUUGACACUCGAUAUGAUUUGGUAGGAUGGUCUGUGUCCGAGGCAACACCGAGAGAAGCAGAGGCGAACAUAUUUUGGGUGUGAAUGGUAUUGGUCGCCAUGUAAAAUGCUAUACUCGCAGACAAGUAAUCAAUAAUGGCGAGUUAUACAUGCCUGAAUAUCCACCUUAUUACACAAAUUGUCCUACCAAAAAGGAACAUGUCAAAUGCGAUUUAUGCAACAACUUUAUCCCAGAUAUUGAUGGGACUGUUUACUGUUGUAUGAAUUCUUUUUGGGGCCAAAAAUACUGCCCUUCCCAUGAAAAUGACGGAACUUCCUCUUGUUGUAGCUGUAAAAGAUUACAGGCAUCAGCAGGAAUGGAGUUCAUUUUACUGGAAGAUGGAAGGAGAUUAUGUCCAGAGUGUUCCAGCUUCAUGAUCAUGGACAUCAAUGACUGCCAACCUCUUAUCCUCGAGAUACAACAAUUCUUUGCAACUUUAAACAUGAAACUAGACCAAAAGAUUCCAUUGGCGUUGGUCGCAAGUGAGACAUUGAACAAGCCCAGUGAAGACAAAGAUAACACACAUCAUCAUCUAUCCGGAACUCAAGGGUUGUGCGCACUAGUACGGCGCCCCAUUCCCAUUGUUCGUAUGAUGGAGAGUAUGGGAGGAUUCUCAUUCAUGGACAUGCUCAAAUCCUAUCCUCAACUUGUUUAUAACAGGGAAGUUGAUGCUAUACUCGUUCUAUAUGGCCUUCCCAGGUACUAUAAUCUGCUCAUGCGCCAGAACGCUCCAACCCCAUCACUGCCCGAUAUUGUCCUCUUUGAGAUUUUCUUUUCAGGCUUCUGUUCAAGGUUUUUAAAACGCGUCUACUGGGGAGAGAUUUUCAUACCCUUGUAAAGAAUGCUUCGUUCCCAUCUUGAGAUACCACGUUGGUCGGAGAGGGGAACGAAGCAUUCCUUCUCUCCCUAGUAGACGCGUUUUAAGAAUCUUGAGGGGAAGCCUGAAAGGGAGGGCCCAAAAAGGACAAUAUUCGUUAGCGGUGGGCUUAGGCCGUUACAUUCAUAUUAAUUAAAACUUAUUAGAACUUCGAUAUUCGAUAUUCGCUGUGACAAUAAAUUCUUAUGUAUCUUCGAUAUUGCUUACU